AUGAAUGGCGUGGGUUCAGCCAAACAUCCCUUGACAGAAAACCUCAUCAAGGUUAAAGCUAGCCAGUUGGAUCUAGUGUUUAAAGUCCCAGGCUACAAAUCACGAGACGUUUUUAUAAAUCAGGAAGAAGCCAGCACCGUUUUGCACCGAUACAGGAGAUUCAACACUGGGCGCCUUGAGGAAGUCCUCCAAGGAAACCUCGAACGAGAAUGCAUGGAAGAGAUAUGCAACUACGAAGAAGCGAGAGAAAUAUUCGAAAACGAUGAGAAAACUAUGACAUUUUGGACAGUCUACAUGGAUGGAGAUCAAUGCGAUCCCAACCCCUGUAAGAACGGAGGACGUUGCAAAGACGACACAAAUGACUAUGUCUGUUGGUGUCCAGGUGGUUUUGAAGGAAAGAGCUGUGAACUCGAUGCUACCUGCAAAACCAAAAAUGGAGGAUGCAAACAGUUUUGCAAGGACAAUGAAGCCGGAAGAGCAGUUUGCUCCUGUGCCACAGGAUACAGACUGAAGGAAGACAUGAAAACCUGUGAACCAACAGUGCCCUUUCCCUGUGGAAUGAUCCAAGCUCCAGAAGCUAAGAGUAAAUUCACUCGCGCCCAUCCAUCAAACUCAUUUGAUCAUUGGAUCGUCUCAAGCAAUGCCACUGAUGACGGGGAAGAAGGCUACAACCACACUCAGGUUUCCUUUCAUUUGGCGUCCAAUAUACGAGUGGUUGGCGGCAUGGACAGCAAGAAAGGAGAAGUUCCCUGGCAGGUUUAUUUGCUCAAUUCCGAAGGGAAAGGGUUCUGUGGAGGCACCAUCAUCAAUGAAAAGUGGAUUGUCACAGCAGCUCAUUGCCUUGAGUUUCACCCCCAAACAAUUGUCGUAGGUGAACACAAUGUCUAUGCUGUGGACAAUACCGAACAAUACCGCAACGUGGUUAGAGCAAUCCCUCACCCUACCUACAAUGUCACUAACAAGUACCACAAUGACAUUGCCCUCCUUGAGUUGGACAGACCUUUGGCGUUCAACCACUAUGUCAUCCCAAUUUGCCUUGGAGACAAAGAGUUCACCAACAACCUCCUUAAGUUUGGACUGGGCACCGUGAGUGGAUGGGGGAAGUUGGCUUACCAAGGCAGGCAGGCGAGCAUCCUUCAGGUGCUGCAAAUCCGGUUUAUUGACCGACCCACCUGUCUGAGGAGCAGCAGUUAUCCCAUCUUGCCGAAUAUGUUCUGUGCAGGUCACCCUGCUGAAGUCAAGGAUACUUGCCAAGGGGACAGCGGGGGUCCAUACACCACGGACAUUGAACACAUAUGGUUUCUUACAGGGAUCACCAGCUGGGGGGAGCAAUGUGCAAAGAAGGAUAAAUAUGGAAUCUACACCAGAGUUUCCAGAUACGUUAAGUGGAUAAGAGAGACCACCAAACCGACAUAA